GGCUCUGAGGCCUCUAUUUCAUUCUACAUUGAACUUGUCACUGUCUUCAUUUCUGGGUCUGUGCACAACUUCGAGCUAUUCACAACCGUCCUUGACCAUGGCAUCCGAAGAAGGCCCUAUAACCAACCUGCAGCGCCUUGAACUUGAGCAUGCUCAACAUGAUCAGGGCACCAUCGAGGACUACCAGGUCUCGAGGACUCUGACAACUGAUCAGUCCAGGUUCGAUUUCAAGUACCUUCUGAGGCUCACCUCUGCAAUUAGCAGCAUUACCAUGGGGACCUUGGCGUCGUAUUGGGGCUUUAGUCCUCCUGCGGCCAUACUCACCUAUAUUAGCGAGGACCUUGGAGGCGCCGAGAAUGCCAGCCUAUUCAGCAUCGUCUGGACUGCAGCUUGCGCCGUGGCCAUCAUCUUAUUUGGCAGACUCUCUGACAAGUUCGGACGCCGGUAUUUCAUGAUUGGAGCCUCCGUAAUCGGCAUCAUCGGAGGAAUCAUAGCCUGUACGGCCAAAAGCAUGAAUACUCUUAUCGGCGCAAACGUUCUGCUGGGUCUCGCAGGCGGCGUAAUGACAUGCUAUGGCCUGACCGUCGGGGAAAUUUGUCCUAAUCGAUGGAAGUUGCUCGGCAUCACUAUCUGUGUCAUUCCCAACAUCCUGCCCACCGGCUUUGGUGCUUACCUCUCGCUGCGGCUCGUGGAAACUGGCGCUGGAUGGCGAUGGUGCUAUUAUAGUUAUCUAAUGAUGAUGGGCCUGGCACUCCUCCUGCAGAUACUGUUCUACCAUCCGCCAAGCUUCCAGCAGCUCCACGGUGGAAAGCGGACCGUCAUGCAGGAGGUGAAACGCAUCGAUUUCGUCGGAAUUUUCCUGAUGGUUGCCGGUCUUUCUAUGUUCUUAUUGGGCAUUUCGUGGGGUGGCUCUCCUCUUCCUUGGACUUCGGCUAGGAUUCUCUGUCUUGUUAUUCUUGGUGGGGUCACUUUGAUUGCGUUUGUUCUCUAUGAAAUCUUCUCUGGGGUCCCAAAUCCGCUCGUUCCAAUGUAUUUCUUUAAAGACGUUCGCGGUUUUGACUGUCUGGUGGUCAUCUGCGGUGUCUCCGGCAUCUCAUACGUCGCACCAAGCAUCAUCUGGCCCUCUCAAGUUGCCUCGAUCUACGGCCUGAAUGCAACAUCCUGGCAAGAGAAUGCAUGGCUCUCGACCACCAUAGCCUUCGGCAUCAUCGGAGGAAUUUACAUUUGGGGGCCGUUGUUCGCCAUCAUCAAACACGUCAAGUGGCAGGUGGUCGUACUUGCCAUCAUGGUCUUGACCUUUUCAGGAGCACUGGCAUCGAGCAACCAACACAACCGAGGACAAAGUGCAGCCUUCUCAUUCCUCACAACAUUUCCUGGUGGUAUCCUUGAACUUAUUCCAGUCUCCCUGGUUCAGAUGGAAGCGAACGACGCUGAUCUUGGCACCGUCUUUGCCAUUCUCUUCUUAGUCAGGACGACCUUGGGAUCCAUCUUCGCGACGAUAUACAUCGCCAUUCUUGAUAAUAAGCUGCCUACCGAGAUCCUUGCCAAGGUUCCAGCGGCUGCACUUGCGGCUGGUCUUCCGAAAUCAUCACUCACAGCUUUGCUGACGGCCACCGCGACUGGUACUGCGGCUGCGCUGAAGGCUGUCCCAGGAAUGACCACCGAGAUUCAGGCAGUGGUAACGAACGCUCUUCUCGACGCUCGUGCGUCCGCCUACUCAUACAUUUACUAUGCAUCGAUCGCAGUCAACCUCUGUGCUGUCAUUGCCGCUUUGUGCCUACGCGGCUAUGACCAUCUACUGACCAGCCACGUUCCUCGCCAAAUCUACAAUCACGGGAAAGGUGCUGACACAGCUCAAGCACAAGCAGCUGACAUUGAACAAGCAACGGAAAAGGGCGCAAGAGAGGAGGACACCGACAAGAAAUUGUGGAGGGAAGUUGAGACCACGCCUUCGGAGUGAUGGGCACAAUGGUUCUUUACAGUACAGACAAUGAGAAGGAUGAAACCACAAGUGGCACUUUGACAUUUGAACCGCAAAUCACCGAGUCUGAGUGAAGUUAAAAUUUGAUCAUUUACCUGCGCCAGCAAAGUCUUAGCUAGAUGUCCGUUCCUCU